AUGGGGACGGCGCUCGAUGCGCUGACCACCCCUCAGCCGCCAUUGAACACGCGCAGACCUGCCGCUUCAUCUCUCCCCAACUUUGAACUUCCGCCUCCAAACUUCCACAUUGCAACGACCGGGUUGAGACUCCCUACACAUCCCUCGAAUCCUCAUCAUCCUCCUACCAAUCCCAGUGUCAGCAACCUCCUCACACCACCGGCAUCCACGCAAUCGGUUGACACGCCAGCUCCGACGACCACAUCCACGUUACCUACUACAGCGACGGCGACGACGGCAACUGCAGCAUCGACCACCGUCUCAGCUUCCCCGGAUUUGGUUUCGACGUAUGCGCCGAGCUACUGGCAAAGUCAGAGCUCAUACGGAGCUGCUUCAUCCACACCGCGGCAGUCGUGGAACAAUCCUUUAUACCCGACUCGAGACACCUUCUCCCCAUCCUUGAAUCCUCUGAGUCGCAAUCCCGCGACGUCGCCCCCUGGCAGCGAAGCCAUCUCCCCAUCGUACGACAUGAACCAGUUACCCCCAUUCCAGCAACCACUCUCUGUCCCUUCCGUCGGCAGCAUCCCCUCCGCAAACCCUAACCACCAACACCCGCAUCACCAACAUCACGCCAUGGCACAUGCGAUGCUUACGGCGCAGAAUGCGCUCCCCAACCCGGCCUCUGGCCCGCCUCUUGCAUCCAACGAUUACAUGGCCAAAUCCUCGUCCGCCCCGGCAUACGGCGGGCUUCAGCAGUUGUCUAGUCCCCCGACGGGAUAUUCGCCCUACAGUGGACAACCAGGAAUGGGCAUUCAUCCCCCGGGACGCGUCGCCUCCAACCCACAUCCGUCUCCUCAUCACCACCUUGGUUACCAACCGCGACAGCCCUGGCCAUCGUACUCACUCCCCGCCAUGAACGGACCCGUCAUGACCAACGUGCACAACCCGGGCAGUCAGAUGUCGCUUCUGGGCAGUCUUCAACCGGGGAUUUUACCGGGUUUUAACAGCGGUCAUCUGGCCAGCAUGCAACAGAUCUAUGGGGGCCACCCGCCGCACCCCGGCCAUGCACCCGGACCCACCAACGAUCGGCCAUUUAAAUGUGACGAGUGCCCUCAGAGCUUCAACCGGAACCAUGACUUGAAACGGCAUAAGCGGAUUCAUUUGGCGGUGAAGCCAUUCCCGUGCACGCAUUGCGAUAAGAGUUUCUCUCGCAAGGAUGCACUGAAGCGACAUAUUCUGGUCAAAGGCUGCGGAAAGGAUGGACCCUCGGACACGAGCUCCGUCAAGCCAGAGCGGAGCGCUGUCAAAGAGGAAGAUAAGGAUAUGGAGUCCAACGGUCACAGUUGA